GAGUAUGCGGACAGCUGUUCAGCGUUCAGCCGCGGGCGGAGAACGUGGCCCGUCUGGGGGACUCGGUGACCCUGGAGUGCAUCACCCGCGAGGAGGUCAACUGUGCCUGGAAAUUGGAGGACGCCCCAGGCCUGAGCGCCACUGGGUUUAUCAACGUCAACGUGAGCCAGCUCGCUGCCCGCACGGCGCACUCGACCACAACGGCAAAUACCUGUGUUCUCCGUUCACUGCGGGCUGGUGGCCAGGAGGACGCCGAGUUCGCUGAAGUCAUCAUUGCUCAGAAGCCGGUGGCUGUGGAGUUCAGCGGCGAGCACGCCGGCCAUUCCGAGCUCCUGGCCAGCGCCGAUGAGCCGGCUUCGAUCACCUGCGAGGCGCGCGACGCCAGGCCCAAAGCUGAACUGCUCUGGUACCUGGACGACGUCGAGCUGUUCGAGGGCGUCACGGUCGAGGACGAGGUGGACCCCGGCUCGAAGCUGGUCACCAGCCGGGCGACGCUGACGUACCAGUUCAGCCGCGAGGACGAUGGCGCCGGGCUUCGCUGCGCCGCCCGCCACCCGGGAUACGACGAGCAGGACAACCAGGAGGUCUCGAUCAACAUCAUGGUGCAGUACGCUCCGUACCGUCCGGAGGGCGACUUGGGCACGCUGUACGGCUUCACGCAGGACCAGGAGGGCACCGUAACCGUUAACUUCACCUCCAACCCCCCGCCCCACCGUCAUGGCCUGGACGGUGGAGGGCGGCCGCACGAUCGCCGCCGGCGAGCAGACUGAGGACGGCCGCUUCAGCUCUGGAGUCCU